UCGUCGUAGCAGCAGUCUUUAGAGCACCGAGACUUCGAGCCGCGCGAAUAUCUACGAGAGAACGAUGGUCCGGUCUCGGGGAUUCGGUGUGAGCGCCCUCGGGAUGCUGGCAUUGUCCCCCAGUUGUACCCUUGGACGACACCUUUUGCUGGACAAGGUUCUUUCCGACAAACCUCCUCCGGGGCAGAGCGACGCCUCCUGCGCACACUACGUUCGCGUGGGCCUGGAUGAGGGGGUUGAUGCUAACGGAAGACCGAUCGUCGAGCCGGAGGUGCACCACCUAGUCAGCGCGAUGCAGAAGGGCUGGUGGCAGUGCGCGUCGGCUGUGGCGAACGCCUUGGCAAAGUACGGGCCAGAGGUGGAAGAUGCUUUCCAGAUGGAGCAGCGAACCAUCACCAAGCACCUGAACGAGAUCAAGAGCGCACUGGAGAAGGGGAAGCCGAUGCAGAGCAUCUCUCCGGCGUUCGAGUGGGCCCAGAGCGGCGACUGGGUGUACAUCAACGCCAAGAUGAGCCACAAGCUCGACGCCCCCGCGACGCUCAACGUUAUCUCGGAGGGGGUGCAGAUGGAGGAGCGGUCGCUCAAGUUCGCCGCUGCCAGAGACCACAAGAGGUUCGCUCUCGACCUUAGCCUGCACGACGCCAUUGAGCCGGAGCCCAGCACGAUUUCCUUUGGGUCUGUCGGUCGCGUGACUUUCACCCUCAAGAAGGCCAAGGGCGGUGUCAAGUGGCCCAAGCUUUUGGCCGACGGCCAGAAAAAACCGGUCAACAUGCACGUCUGGUGGACGAAGCAAGAGGAGCACUCGGACGAGCUGGACGACCUCGAGGAAGCCGCCACGGCGGCCGCCGAGAGAGCCGAGAAAAUGGCCAAGGAAGAAGGAGGAGGUCUCCCCGAACAGGGGAAGGUUGAGAGCGGCGACGGCGAUGGCAACGCGUCGAAGGAGGGGGCGGCGGCGACGGAAGACACGAUGAGCCCCCAGCGGCAACUAGCCAGCAAGAAGAAGAAGGUGGCGACGGCGUUCGCCAAGGAGAAAAGAGCCAGAUUCGAGGAGUUAGAGAAGGAAAAGAGAGCGGCGGUAAAGUCCAUUGAUGAGGAAGCGGCGAGGAAGAAGAAAGAGGCCGAAGAAGCUCUUCAGACGAGAAAAGCGUCCAUCAACGAGGAGUUCGGGUUGCUGGUCAAGAAGAGGCACGCCGAAUUGGAAGCGGAGCACAAGGCCAACCAACGAAGCGAGCUGUAACUUUUUGGCAAAUCCUGUUCGUUGCACGACGCAUUCAUACAAACCGAUCGACUGAAAAAAAGCACACCCAGUUGCGAUAUUGACGACGGUUGUGCGUUCGCCGACGGAAAGUUGAUUCAAAGUGUUGUCGUCUUACCUUUUGAUUAUUUAGGUUAACUCGGCCACAGUUCAAAUCGGCGUGGUCAAAUCAGUUUGAUAUUUNGGGGGGGGGGGGGGGGGGGGGGGGGGGGGGGGGGGGGGGGGGGGGGGGGGGGGGGGGGGGGGGGGGGGGGGGGGGACGCGUGUACAGUAGUGAAGAGAGGGGUGUGUAGUGUAGUGAUGUCUGGCUAUUUGGUCGUGUCUUUCUAUGAGUAUGAGAGAACGGCGGGUGAAGCCUACAACCACGCCUUGAUGGGCAGCUUCUGCAUGCGAAGUUCGUGACGUGGGAAACACCCGUUUGAGCAUUGCAACGGGCGACAAGGUAGGCAUCGGUGCCAGAUGUCGCACAACUCGAUACUUGUGAACGUGCUUCUUUCUAGUAAUGUGUGCGAAGGCCUUGCUUACCCACAGUGCAGUCAAGCACGAGCAAAAUGCUGUCACAGUCCUAGAGAAAGUUGUGUGUCCAAACGCUGCGAUAAGCUGGCACUUAUUGUGCGCAUGUACUUGUACGAUUUCCGGCGUGGAUGCAAAAACUGCACCUUACCUUCGCGUCGUGCCAAAAAAUUACACUAUUUUAUUCAUCGAUUCCAUGUCAAGGGCGUGUGUUGUGACGGGCGUGCGACAUUUAUUACGAAAAUGAGAAAAAACAUUUCGGACGAGGACUCACUAGGCUUUACAAUCAAUCAGGGAAAUUCUACCUUCUGGAACUACUGCUACUAUUGUGUACUACACACUGCUACUGUGUACACAGCACUGCACUUCACGCUCGACGAUGUCACACAUGCAGAUCACGUGGCUGUUUCCUCCCCCUAAGUGUCCAAGCAAAAUAUCUCACAAGAAGCUGUUCCAGCCUAACGAUUGUUCAACCAAUGCCCCUAUGCCAAUCCCUUCCCACCCUGCCAAUGUUGUCCAAGCACAAAAGAAAACUGGAUUAAUUUCAGCCAGAGUAAUGACACGACCGUCUCCCCGCACAGCACAAAGCUAGAAUACACUGGUUGUUUUGAUACCAUGGCAUCCUCAGUCCGUGUGCGUUCACCCAUGGAAAAAACAAAAGUAUUCUACCAACUAGUCAGCACGCGAAAGAGCGUGCUUCGACCCCUCUCCCGGGCGCCUCUCCCUCCCCCAACCCUCUCCAUGAGGGACCCCUAUCGUCCGUUUUCUCCGGAUACCAGCGUUGGCAUCUUUAUUCACACGUAAAAACAAGGAAAACAUGGAAGGCCCUUUUUGCGAUAUUGGCCAUGGACCAACAAAACGAAAAACCGACGAACCGUACAUCAUACCGAAGACCUCCCGGAAAAUACCUUUCGCUAAAAGAUUUGGAAAAAUUCUAUCUCGCACAACACCGUAACAUUCAACAAACAUCAACGCAGACGUAGCUCCUAUGCGCGUCGUGGAUGGCGCCAAAAACAGAGUGAUAUACGGCCAUACACUCUUCGCGU